AUGGGAUCAAUUGAGCAAUCUAUUCUGCCGGCCGAUUUCUUGUGGGGGUUCGCGACAGCCGCCUACCAGAUUGAGGGUGGCGCCAAUGAGGAUGGUCGUGGACCUUCGAUCUGGGAUACCUUCUGCAAGAUCCCUGGGAAGAUCGCUGGUGGCGGGUCUGGCGAUGUGGCUUGUGACUCCUACCACCGAACUCACGAGGACAUUGCCUUAUUAAAAUCAUGCGGUGCACAAGCCUAUAGAUUCUCGAUUUCAUGGCCGCGAAUAAUUCCCAAUGGAGGUCGCAACGACCCUGUCAACAAGAAAGGGAUACAAUUCUACCAGCAAUUCGUCGACGAUCUAAUCGAUGCAGGGAUCACCCCCAUGGUAACCCUGUUCCACUGGGAUCUGCCAGAUGAGCUCGACAAACGCUACGGAGGUCUUUUGAACAAAGAGGAAUUCGUUGCCGAUUUCUCAAACUACGCCCGGGUGGUAUUCCAAGCACUCAGUCCCAAGGUCAAGCACUGGAUCACAUUCAACGAGCCCUGGUGCAGCUGUGUUUUCGGUUACAACACAGGGUACUUUGCGCCAGGUCACACCAGCGACCGCAGCAAGAGCCAAAUUGGCAAUGGAUCGACAGAACCGUGGAUUGCGGGCCACAACAUUCUAAUAGCACACGGGGCGGCGGUGAAAAUCUAUCGAGAGGAAUUUAAACCCAGCUUCGGAGGGGAGAUUGGUAUUACAUUGAAUGGUGACUGGGCCGAACCUUGGGACCCAGAAAAUCCAGCCGACAUCGAAGCCUGUGACCGCAAGAUCGAGUUUGCCAUCUCCUGGUUCGCCGAUCCCAUUUAUCAUGGCAAAUAUCCAGAUAGCAUGAUCAAACAGUUGGGGGACCGACUACCAACUUGGGAACCUGAAGAUAUCGCUCUUGUCUUUGGCAGCAAUGAUUUCUACGGAAUGAACCAUUACUGUGCUAACUAUAUUCGUGCCAAAACUGGAGAGCCUGAGUUGAACGACAUAGCAGGCAAUCUUGAACUCCUCCUUGAAGAUAAAAAUGGCCAUAGCAUUGGGCCAAUUACACAGUCCCCCUGGCUGCGACCGUGCGCGCUGGGAUUCCGAAAACUGAUGGUGUGGCUUAGCGAACGUUACGGAUACCCCAAAAUCUAUGUCACUGAAAAUGGCACUAGCGUUCUGGGCGAGAAUGAUAUGCCUAUUGACCAACUUUUGGAUGAUGAAUUUCGGGUACAAUACUUCCGAGAUUACAUUGGGGCCAUGGCGGAUGCAUACACCAUUGACAAGGUCAAUGUUCGUGCAUAUUUGGCGUGGAGCCUUAUGGAUAACUUCGAAUGGGCUGAAGGUUAUGAGACACGGUUUGGUGUGACCUUUGUGGACUAUGAGAACGACCAGAAGAGAAUUCCUAAGAAGAGUGCGAGGAGCAUCCAGGGCAUUUUCGAGACUUAUAUUGACACUAGUAAGCCCCUAGCCAGAUUUUGA